AUGCUAAAUCAAUAUCGAAUUCGUAAUCAGCCUGAUUCUAAAAUCGCUGAAAUAACAACAGCUUCGUCUAUAGAAAUAACCAAGAAAUUGACAUCUAAAAAUCGUCCAUUAAAAACAGCUUCAAUGACAUUAAUUGAUGAAUUAAAAAAUGCGAUAAAUCCAUCUUCUGCUUCCAAACAAACUGUUCUUUCACCUCCUAGUCGUUCAUUAUCUCGUUCUCGGUCUCGUUCACGAUCACGAUCACGUUCUCAUUCACGUUCUCGAUCGCGUUCUCGUUCACGUUCACGUUCGCAUUCUCGUUCUCGUUCAUCAUCAUCAUCUUCAUCAUUAUCACAUAAACGACGUAGUCGAAGUCGACAUCGAUCAUCUAAACGACGUUCAAAUAAACAUCAUCCACGACGUCGUUCAAAUAGUUAUGAUGAUGAUAAUGAAUAUAGUGAAAAUAAUAAUAACACUACUAAUAAUUAUCCACCAGCUCCAAUACAUUAUCCAUCACAUCAUCAUUAUCCUCAUGCUCAUCAUCAACCACAUUGGCAACAAACAAGGCAAUCUGGUGGUUUAUUACCAGGACCACCACCACCGCCACCAUCACAACAGCAGCAACAACAACAACAACCACAACCUUAUGGACAUCAACAAAAUGUACCACCUCUCUUACCAAAUCAUCCAUAUUAUCCAUCAUCGAAUCAUCGAUCAAUGAUACAUCCAACUGAACAAACAAGUGGCGCUGGUCGAUUCAAUUUUCCACAUAAUCAUCAUCAACGUCAUCAUGCACCACUUAUGCAACCGCCUUAUUAUCCACCACAAACACCUCAACCUUUAAUGCAAUCCGGAUCACGUGGUCAUCAUCAUCAUCAACAUCCAAUAAAUCGAUAUCCACCACCUAAUCGACCAUCAUUUGAUGUACCACCACAUCCGAUGACAAUGGGAAAUGUUGGAUCACAUUUACCAAAUUCUAAUUAUAAUCAAUAUAAAUAUGAAUCUGAAGAACGUCUUGCUAUGAGACGAACAAAACGUGAUACAACAAUGACAGGAACAAAUACGAAUAAUAAUCGACGUAGUGGAUCUCAACAAACAGAAACAAAUGGAAAAAAGAACAUGAAUACUCCAUCAAAAUCAAACACAAAAUCUUCUGGUAACUUUCUAAAAAAACAAAUGAGAGAUUGA